AUGGACGAGGACGAGGUUCAGCCACAGGAUGCGCGCAAGCAUGCGAAAACGCCACAGCAGCGACUCCUACUGCGAUUCCGACUGCCAGCCCGACCGCCGCAGGAGACAGCAGAGACAGGGCGACAGAUCUAUCAGGCGCAGCACAAUCGCAUCGGGGCGACGGACGACGCGGAUGGCAUCCAUGGUUCAUCGUCGACCAGCCCAGCCGCAUCCACGACCGUGAAGACAGGGAGCAGCAGCAGCAGCAGCAGCAGCAGCGAGAGAAGCAUCCGUGGCAGGCCCCCGACGCUCCAUAGCUCGCACGACUGGGGAGCAUUGGAUAUAGAGAAGGGCAGACAGGGUGCUGCCAGCAUGUCGCGCAACCGUCCGAGAGGGCCGGCGACGAGAGAGAACGGGCUGGCGGCAGACGAGGAGGUUGAGAUGUGGAACAAGAUCUGCCAGGAUAUCAGAAAGGCCGCUGAGAAGAACGACAGGCAGAGGGCCAUUGGCCUGCAGAUUGCCGCCUUGAACGAGAAGAUAGCACGGAACGGCAGCAAGCCGACACUGGCGGAGAUAGACCACCUGGACAGCCUCCACCGGCAGCAGCUGAAGCUGAGCGAGGAGGAGAGGGCCAUCCUGCAGGACGAGCCGGCGGACGUCACCAAGAACCUGGGCAUCCUGAUCGCCCUCCGCUCGGCGUCAGAGGCAGACCCCCAGAGCCGGUCUCUCUCGCAGAACAAGUCUCGCAAGAGAAAAGGAGACGUCGACCUCGCCUCGACCGAGUCUCCCGGGCCGUCGUCCUCGGGCGUGUCGUCAGACAAGCUGAAUCGGAUCAAGGGCGGCGCCCAGCGGAGCACCAGCGUGUCGAGCAGCCAUCGUGAGGUCACCGCCUCGCUGGACAGCGGCGUCGAGGGCGGCCGGCCGUCCGAGAGAGCAGACCAGCUUGUCGUCGGUGCCGAAGUCGUCUUCAAGCACAACAAGAAGCAGCAGGGCGUCGAGGGAGAGGGAAUACAGUGCAUCAUCAAGAACAUCAGCGGCGAAGGAAACAAAAGACGAUACGACGUCCAGGACCCGGAGCCCAUCGAGAACGGGGAAGAGGGCGCCAUCUACAAGACCACGGCGGCCUCCCUGAUCCCCAUCCCCAAGGCCGGCUCCCCGCUGCCGCAGUUCCAGGUGGGCAAGCAGGUUCUGGCCCGGUAUCCGGACACGACGACCUUCUACCGGGCCGAAGUCAUGGGCCUGAAGAAGGACGUCUACCGUCUCAAGUUCGAGGGCGAAGAAGACGACAAGGAGAUGGAGGUCGACCGCCGCUACGUCCUCGACAUCCCUAGCAAGUGA